AUGAAGUUCCAGCAUAAUCAUAGAUAUGCGGAGAUUCUAUUUCCUGAGCCCAGGAAGACACUGUCGUUGGGAGAAACGACGACAGAUGUCGUGUUGAGAAAGGAAGAAGAGUUGGGUUCCAAAAGGGAAGAUUGGAAGUGGGAAGGCUGGGCAAACGCUAGUCUUAAAAUGGAAGCGCCACAAUCAGCAUCUAAAAACAAUGUUUGUACUACCCUAGGCACCUGCGAUUGCCUUACCAAUCCUGCAAUGUUGCUUACUGUCGCUGCGCUCGAAGCCCAAUCCCGUAAAAUUGCCGUCCUCCAUGCUUACAGACAUCUAUAUAGAACCGGCUUGCAAACCAUACGGUAUUCCAGCCCUGCACGUUAUGUCCUCCUCUGGACCCUCCGGAAAUCGUUUCGAAACGGCACGCCAAAAGAGUUCAAUCCCCAGAGAAUUGUGAAUACACUCGAAUUUCUUCGACUGGCGUCUAGCUCCACCAGCACUGAGCACAAGAUCAUCAAGAAUCUUUUGCACGUCAGAUUCUGGCAGCAACCCCAAAAGCUUGCGUUGGGAGAUACCAAAUUUUUUGAUGCCCAAACCGGAGUACGUUCCCAGAUGAGGAGUGCAGCAUACAGGCCAUUCGAGAUGACUCUGAAGAUGCUUAAUGAAAGCCUUGGUCUCUGUCUUAGAUGAGGAAAUAGCUUGUGCAUUUAUCUUCAUCAGGACAUCCCAUUGCCAUAUCGGAAGAUUCUGGCAAACCAACUACGCUUCAAAUAUGUCAGGAUAAGAAUUAAGACUCUCAAAUCAACCGUGGGUUAGCCGCAAUUGGAUCUCGAAG